GGAGAAGGAUGAGACAGCCAGAGAGCUUGAGACAGCCCGUCUGCUGAGCCAUCGCAUGGAGGAGGCCUGACAUAGACCGCAGGUGACAGCCACCUACCAUGAGGCCAAGCUCCGACUCACGUACAUAAAGAGACGGUGACAGCGGGCGAGGGACUGAAGAGACUGCAACUUCCUCAGGCUACAGAAAGAGACAGCAUCUUCCCGGGGCGACUGCUGGAGCAUCCACACCCAGAGCAGCUGCCGUAUUGGAUGAUGCUCAUCAUGUGACGCGGACAUCAUUGUGAGCAUGUGAUUGAGGCUGCGGUACAGCACACGUCUUGCAGAAUGAAGAAGACAGACAUGUCUUGCAGUUUCCCUCUCCUCCUUGCUCUCUGGCUGUCUCCUGUCUAUGGAUCAGUGAAUAACAGCACAACAGGCUGCCGUAUCAUACACCCACCGAGAGAUGGGGGAAUACGUUACAGGGGCCUGACCCUCUCUCAGGUAAAAGCUGUGGAAUAUCUCCCUCUGGAUUAUGAGAUUGAAUUUGUUUGCCGUGGGGAACGGGAGAUUUCUGGGCCAAAAGUGCGCAAGUGCCAGCCGGACGGAACAUGGACAGAUAUGGACAAACCUAGCCGCUGCCUCCCCACCUGCCCUCGUAUGCACUUGAAGCUGGAGAACGGAGAUGUAGAACAUAACGUGAUGGGCCGAGUUCCGAUAGAGGGGACAAGCGUCCGAUUCAGAUGUGACCCCGGCUUCUUACUGGUGGGAUCCAGCCAUAGUAUGUGCACGAAGUUGGGGAAGUGGGACCACCCCAAACCUACCUGCCAAGUCAGACGCACGGACACAUCACGUAAGAAAGCCUUGCACGUGGGCGCUCUCUUCCCCAUGAGUGGGGGAUGGCCUGGGGGACAGGCCUGUCACCCAUCCGCACAGAUGGCCCUGGAAGAUGUCAACAACAGAAGGGACAUAUUGCCGGAAUACGAACUUAAACUUAUUCACCAUGACAGCCAGUGUGACCCCGGCCAGGCAACGCGCCACCUGUAUGAGCUGCUGUAUAAUGACCCUAUUAAGAUUAUGCUGAUGCCAGGGUGCAGCAGUGUCUCCACUCUGGUGGCCGAAGCAGCCCGCAUGUGGCAUCUCAUUGUGCUUUCUUACGGCUCCAGUUCACCUGCGCUCUCAAACCGUCAAAGAUUUCCAACCUUCUUCCGCACACAUCCAUCAGCAACUUUGCACAAUCCUACCAGGGUCCAACUUUUCAAAAAGUGGGGAUGGACUAAGAUUGCAACCAUUCAGCAGACCACUGAGGUCUUUACUUCUACACUGGAUGACCUGGAAGAACGAGUGAAAGAAGCCGGCAUUGAAAUCACGUUCCGCCAGAGCUUCUUCUCUGACCCAACCGUUCCUGUGAAAAAUCUCAAGAGACAAGAUGCUAGAAUAAUCGUUGGAUUAUUCUACGAAACCGAGGCACGGAAGGUCUUUUGUGAGGUCUACAAAGAGCGUCUCUUUGGUAAAAAGUAUGCCUGGUUUCUGAUUGGUUGGUACGCCGAUAACUGGUUCAAGACUCCAGACCCAUCUAUAAACUGCACUGUGGAGGAGAUGACUCGGGCCGUUGAGGGCCAUGUAACGACAGAAAUAGUCAUGUUAAACCCUGAAAACACACGUGGUAUCUCCAAUAUGACAUCCCAGGAGUUUAUGGAGAAGCUUCAAAAACGUCUUGGCAAGGAUCCAGAGGGUGUUGGAGGUCUACAGGAAGCUCCUCUUGCCUAUGAUGCUAUCUGGGCACUUGCACUUGCCCUCAACAAGACAGCUUAUGAGUUAUCAAAGAAAGGAUUACGUCUAGAAGACUUCAACUAUAACAAUGAUAACAUCAGCCGAGAAAUCUACAAGGCCAUGAAUUCAUCUUCCUUUGACGGUGUUUCAGGUCACGUGGUCUUUGACGCCAGUGGAUCUCGUAUGGCCUGGACACUCAUAGAACAGCUGCAAGGUGGCCUUUACAAGAAGAUUGGUUAUUACGACAGCACCAAGGACAACCUCUCCUGGUAUAACAACGACAAGUGGAUAGGUGGUUCUCCUCCUGCCGAUCACACCAAGGUGAUCAUCACUUUCCGAUAUGUCUCUCAGAAACUCUUCAUUUCUGUCUCCGUUCUUGCUGGGCUUGGGAUACUCUUGGGAUUUGUCUGUCUGUCCUUCAACAUCUACAAUAGUCAUGUGAGGUACAUCCAGAACUCCCAGCCCCAUCUGAACGACGUGACUGCGGCAGGGUGCAUCCUGGCUCUCGCCGCCGUCUUCCCCCUUGGUCUCGAUGGACGUCACAUUGAGACGUGGCACUUCCCUUUGGUCUGUCAGGCCCGUCUGUGGCUCCUGGGUCUUGGAUUCAGCCUCGCUUACGGCAGCAUGUUCACCAAGAUCUGGUGGAUCCAUACGGCUUUCACUAAGAAGGACGACAAAAAGGAGAGAAGGAAGCAGUCACAGACACUGGAGCCCUGGAAACUGUAUAGCACAGUUGGAUUGCUCUUGGGCCUGGAUGUAAUAACCUUUGGCAUCUGGCAAAUAGUGGAUCCCCUGCAGCGUACCAUUGAGGAGUUCACUAAAGAGGAACCUCGUGGAGACCUUGAUGUCCUCAUACUGCCUCAGCUGGAGCACUGCAGUUCUGUAAAGAUGAACACAUGGCUCGGUAUUGUGUAUGGCUCCAAGGGUCUCCUGCUCUUACUUGGUAUUUUUCUAGCGUACGAGACAAAGAGCGUCUCCACUGAGAAAAUCAAUGACCACCGUGCGGUGGGGAUGGCCAUAUACAAUGUUGCCGUCUUGUGUCUGAUCACUGCACCAGUAACCAUGAUCCUCAGCAGUCAACAAGACGCCUCCUUUGCAUUCUCUUCUCUGGCUAUUGUCUUUUCAGCCUAUAUUACUCUAGUUGUAUUAUUUGUUCCUAAGAUGAGACGUCUCAUCACUAGAGGGGAGUGGCAGUCGGAGCAGCAGGACACUCUGAAGACGGGAUCGUCCACCAAUAAUAACGAGGAGGAGAAAUCGCGACUGCUGGAGAGAGAGAACCAGGAGCUGGGCCGGAUCAUCGCUGAGAAAGAAGAGCGGGUUAUGGAAUUGCGGCAGCAGUUGCGCUCUCGCAGGAAACAGUCAGUGACCGCACGGGAAAAUUGCUCCGACAAUCACUACCCUAACUCCUCCGGGGCGGUCUCAUCUCUCUAUCAGCCUGGACUCCCUCUUGCCAGGUGCCUGGUGGCUGAAGGGGGUGACAAACUGGGCAGGAACAGCUGUGACGGAAGCCGGGUGCACCUGUUAUACAAAUAGAGACAUCAUGCCACGAUCUGACCACCCCCCUCAGGCGUGUAGGCAGUCUCUUGUCUACAUAGCUGUCAAUACACUGUGUGGCCUCUUUUCUUACACCUCUCUUUCGGAAAGUCUCUUCCCUGGCUGUCUCAUUCCUCUCUGUUUCUGUAUGUCUCUCUCCGUCAGUCUCACGCAGCACUCUCUUUCUGUCUCUGGAUGUCUCAUGUAUUAGGCACCUUAUACGUCAUAACAGCCACUACGCCCUAGUGCUGUACAGACUCCUGCCCUUCUGGAAACUGCACUUGUGACCCCCCCGCCCAGAGAACGCCCCCUCAGGGAACAUCCACAUCUAGUGCCACCUGGAGUCACCUGCGUCCCCCGCACUUACAAGAUGUUUUCUAAACUGUGAUUGGCGAUUGCAAUAAAUAAAUGA